AUGGAGCCGACGGCAACCCCUGAGCAAGAGGGCUCUGCUGGGACAGAGGCACAGAGAAAGGAGAAACCACCCAACACGAGGCUCUGCCAUCUCCUCAUCCUCCCCAUGAACAUCACGAAGACGCGCAAGCUUCAGGUCUCCUGGGGGCUGGCGGGGGUGACUGCCUUGGGAUGGGCUAUGUCCCCCCACUUUCGUUGUGCCAGCCUGCUCGUGGGCCCCAAAUUCCUGGGGAAGGAGGGUCGGGUCUACGUUCUCUCCUUUGUCCUCGCCGCCAUCUACAACGGGCCGGUGACCAACAUCUGGCACAACCUGGAGGUGGUGACACGCUCGCUGGGCUGCGUGGCGGAGCUGCAGAUCAACCACAGCCGCCAGCUCUGGCAUCUGUCGACGGCCCCCAUGCGCAGGGUGAUGGAGGACAUGACACGGAGCGGUCAGACGCUGAACACCGAGAUGCAGAACAUCUCACAAGCCUUCGUCGGGCUGAACGAGGAGGUGGCCAGCGAGGCGGGGUACGACCUGCGGCAGCAGCACAAGAACCCCCACUCGGCCACCAGCACCCAGCAGCUGUAUGAGACAAAGACUAAACUGCGCUGCGACUAUGUGAUCAAGCUGGGCAUGCAGCGCUGCCAGGACUGGUUCAGAGAGAAGCACGAUGCUUGCAUGGCGCAAGUGGUCGUGCCCAUCAUCAGCCACUUCCUCUGCCUGCCCAUGAAGUUCUCUUUCCUCUGCAGCAUUGCCAAGGUCAUGAACAGCUGGUGCAGGGAAAACAUCCCCGUGGAGGGCAACUUCGGGCAGAUGUACGACCUGGUGAACAAUUCUGUCAGCAACCUCAGGCAGGAAUUCACUGCCAGUGUCGUCAUCCAGGAGGAGCAUCGUGAGAUGAUUCUGGGUGUCAACGUGUCGGCGGAGCAGCUGAUGGAGGAGGUGAUGUCGCAGGUGCGGCAGCACGGCGCCCGCCUGAACCGGACCUUCUCCUUCUUUCGCCUGCUGCUCUCCUACACCUUCCUCCUCGUCUUCAUCUCGGCUUUCUCCUACACCAAGCAGUACUGCCAGGACAUCUCCUUCGACAACCUCUACAUCACCACCUACUUCCACCAAAUCGAUGCCCGCCGCAGAAAGCAGCACAAGCGGACGCUGCUUCCCCUGCACCCGGCAGAGGUCUCGACCAUCAUUUUCCCGCGCCGCCUGGCCAUGCAGCCACCUGAGCGGCGGAACAUGGUGAGGGAGCUGCUGGAGUGCAUCCCACCCCUGCUCCUCCUCAUCCUCGCCUGCAGUCUGGACCACGUGCUCUUCACCAUGCUCAGCGUUAUCGAGCAGCACUCCUUCGUGGAGUACUCCUUCCACAGCAGCCACCACUUGUCCGUGAAGGUGACAGGCACAUCCCUGAUGGCUCGGCUCCUGCGGAGCACCGUCGGGGCCCUCAAUGCCUCCUCCGACAUCCAGUUGGAGACGUCCAACUUCGCCUGCCUGCCACAUCCCCGGAGCAUGAUAUGGCAGCAGUACGUGGACAGUUGCCUGCCCUUGGCCGUGCUGGUGCUGGUCUGCCUGGUCCAGGUCUAUAUGUACCGCCUGCGCCGUGUCAUCGCUGCCUUCUACUUCCCCAAGCGGGAAAAGAGCCGUGUGCUCUACCUCUACAACAAGCUGCUGCGACAGAGGCAGAGCUUCGUCUACCGGCAGCGGAAGCUCAUCGCCCAGCGUGCACGGCAGCACCCGGGGCUGGGGACGUCGCUGCUGAAGCGGUGCUGCCAGCGCUGGCCGUGCCUGCGCCGCUGGAUGCGUCGGCGCUGCACGGUGUGCGGGGCCCCUGAGAGCACCCGGGAUCGGGUUUGCCCCGUGCCCGCCUGUGGCGCCCCAUUCUGCGGGGUGUGCUGGAGGGAUGCGGGAGGCAUGUGCCUCGCCUGCACCCCCGGGGACUACGGCCUCUCCCAGGAGAGCAGCGAGGAGGACGUGGGGUACGCGGACUGA